GUUGGUCUGCGUAUUAUGGGAUGUGUGGAAUUAAACAGCGAGAGCAGUGGAAAGAAAAAAAUAUAUAUAAACGACAUUGAAGUAAACAUGGAGCUGUCGGCUGUUGGGGAGAGAGUCUUCGCUGCCGAGUCCAUCAUUAAACGACGUAUACGACGGGGACGAUUGGAAUAUCUUGUGAAAUGGAAGGGCUGGUCUCAGAAGUAUAGCACCUGGGAACCCGAGGAAAACAUUCUCGAUGCAAGGCUCUUCGCAGCAUUCGAAGAGAGGGAACGCGAGAGGGAAUUAUUUGGGCCGAAGAAGAGAGGGCCCAAACCUGAAACAUUUCUGCUGAAGGCCAAAGCUAAAGCAAGAGUAAAGACAUAUGAAUUCCGGAGAGAAAUUCCAAGGGGUAUUCAAGUUUCAUACCCUGUCCCAGAGCCUGUCUUUACGCCAAGAGCUCGAGAGGGGUUAAGAGCCGUUGUCCCCACAAUAUUUCCUCCAAGCACUGUCAACAGAGGGGAGAGUGUGCGUGUAAGACCCUCGGGGCCUGAGAGAAGGCCUCGACUUGCCUCUCAAUCCUCAUUCGGGGUGGAGGAAUUUGUUAAUGUCCCCAAAAAAAGAGGGCCAAAGCCCAAAGUGGGCUUACAUUUUGACAUAAAUUCUGACAGCUCUUCAACCGUACCUGCAAAUAAGAGCAGGUUGGGGGAGGUGGAAGAAUAUGGUCUGUCGAAAACACCAAGGCAUUAUCCUCACGAGGAAGAAACUUCAAAUAAAAGCGCUAUGCAGCUAACACGAAAGUUUCAAGAAGACACAACCAUCACGCAAAAAGCAAGCAGUGCGCAAAGGCAAGUGGGGACAGCAUCCCACUCACGCAUGAACCGAGACAACGGACACCCCCUCAUGGCCGGACCUGAACAUCAAAGCCACAGGACUAACAACUGCCCAGGUGCCAUAUCUAUUCAACACCCCAAGUUGAAACACUUAUCUAAGAACUAUCGACACAACAGUGAUUCCAUAAAUCAAGAACAGUCCACCGUAGUUGCCAAAAUACCUGAAUCAAUUAAUGUUGACAAGCCCUCAGAGGUGUCUUGGACCCCAUGUCUGGGAAACUUAGAGAAGGUGGUGGUGACAGAUGUGACAACAAACCUUUUGACAGUCACCAUAAAAGAGAGCAGCACGGACCAAGGUUUUUUUAAGCCUAAAAGAUGAAGUCUGUUUACAUCAGUUUUUGAUAUAAGAUCAGAGAUGUAUAAUUGCAAGAACCUUUUGUUGGUUAUUAUGACUAUAUUUAACAUAUAAUUAUAAUUUGUUACUGCCUAGAGCUAUAGGCUUUCUGUAUAAGCUAUGUACAAUAAGUAUUUAAUGUUAAAUGUAUAUUGACCAAAUUAAACUACCCAGUCAUUUAAUUGACUAUAGGCC